CUCCUCCUCCUCCUCCUCCUCCUUUGCCCCCUCUUCCUCUUCAGCACUUGAGCCUCUCCGCCUGAGUUCUGACGUUUAUCAUCCAAUAUAUCUACAAUGGCGGACGAGGACACUGCCCGCCUGUGCGAGCAGAUCAUCCGCUCGCAUUUCGGACCACUGACUGCAAAAGUAGCAUCUGUACUACUUUGUCGCGGACGCAUGCCUCUCCCGAACAUCAUCCGCUUCUCCGGGCUGAAGCCGCGUACCGUGCGCGCCGCCGUCCUCGUCCUCGUGCAGCACAACGUCUUGUGGCACGCGCAGUCCGAGGAGGAAGGCGAGGUCCUUGAGAUCAACACCGACGAGUGCCUUACGCGCCUGCGCUUCGGGCGAUUCGUCUGGCAGGCUGAGCAGCUGCUCGGGAAAGCGGCCGCGGAAAUCGUCCAGCUGAUCUUGGACCACGGCAAGCUGCGCCCUCCAGACAUCAUCUCACAUCUGUCCAUAUACGACCCGGUGAAAGCACCGGCGAAGUACUCACAAGCCCUACACAAACUUGUCGAUGGCCACUACCUACGACCGUCCACCGCGCUUUCGCACCUGUCCCCUCGCGACAAGCGCAUCCGCUACGUGGCCGAGGAGAAGGCAAAAGUCUCAGGUUUCCCCACCGCGAAGGAGCUGAAGCAGGCGAAGGAGACGGCAGAGGCUCGGAUCAGGCGGGAAGAGGAAGAGGCAGAGCAGAUUGGCAUGAAACGGAAAGCGAAGGACCAGUCGGGGCGAUCGUCGAAGCGGAAGGCCGUGGAAGAGGACGAAGUUGACGAUGCUGUCUACUUCCGCGUCAACUCCGAGAAGUUCAACAUUUAUAUCCGCAAUAAGCUCAUAGAGUCUGCGGCGACAGAACGCUUCAAUGAAUGUGCAGGGAUCGUCAUGCGCGCCACGCUCCAGGCGACAGAGGCAAAACAAAGACGGCUCACAGACAUCCGUACAGAUCCGACGUCCAUUGCAAACAUCGCCAUGCAAUUGACCGAUGACGACGAUCUAUCUACUGGCCUGGUGCUCCCUUCGUCCAAAAAGCCGAACACCAUCACCCUCCUCAAAGACUACCUGGGCAUAUUGGCAUCCGCAGAUAACCCGACGCCCGCCGGCCGAGCAGCAUCGUUCGUGUCGGUGAGCGGGUCCAAGGUCCAGGUGGAGUUCGAGAUCGUCGGGCGGCGUCUCAGGCGACGCAUCCUGGAAGCUGCCGCGAGAGAGCGGCACGGAGACGAUGGUGUCAGGGUUGUCCGGCUCCUCCUGGACACGGGGAAGAUGGACGAGAAGCAGAUCUCCAAGAUAGGCAUGAUGGCGAACAAGGACGUGCGCCCGCUGCUGGCGGCGAUGUCGGCGAACUCGAUUAUCAGUCUGCAGGAGGUGCCAAAAAGCGCGGAUCGAAAUCCGACGCGCAUGUUCUACCUAUGGUAUGUCGAUCUCCAAAAAGCAUACGCGACCAUCUUGGACAACCUCUACAAGACGCUGUACAACAUCAGCAUGCGGCGACAAGCAGAGGAGGAGGAGCCCCUCGUGAAGGCGGUGUUGGAGAAGCGGCAGCGGAGCGACGUGAGUCAGGACGAGGAGCGGCUGCUGACGCGGAACGAGCGGGAGACGAUCGCGCAGUGGGAGAAGAAGAGGGAGAAGCUGGCGGUGUUGGAGAUGCGGGUGGAGGAGGCUGUGUUUGUCCUGAGAGACCUCGCGCCGUUAGGCAGCAAUGAAGAAUAAUAGACACAAUUUGGACUCGAAGUGCCGCCAACGGUGGCGGUCCUAACCUUGCUCGCGUCGCGCAACU